CCCUGCCGAGAAAAAAAAAUUGCACAGCAACAAGGCAGCAUGUCUACCCAUAGAGUCGGCCAGAUUCGCACCCCAGACCUUGGAUAACGGACAUCCUGCAACGUUAUCAAGUAGCAGUUUAUUUACUCUGCAGGAUAUGGGGAUCGGAAACCAAUCAUACAGACCAUCAAGGCCCAGCCGAAGCCUGUAUAAUGCAUACCUCCCAGCUGCCAACCACGGGAGGUCACUGCAUUACACAGAUUACAGGGUUCGCACCUUGCUCUCCGCCCCAACCUCUGUGCAGCGCAUGUCCAAACACUCCAGGGGGCGGGGAUACAUAUAUUACACAGGACGCAGGGUUCUACAAUCAAUCAUCGCAGGCCAACCCUAACCCUGUGUAAUGCAUUCCGUAGCUAGCCCACAACAGAUAGCCAAUACGCAACACAGGUUACGGGGUGACGCGAUCGAUCGCCCGCAAACCUAAGCCCUGGAUCGCGCAUAACGCAUUCCACUCAAUCCAACGCCAGGGGGAGCAGAUGCGUUGCCCAGGUUCCCUGGUCCCAGCUGUCAAUCAGCCGUCUCCUUCCCCCUCUCCGCCUCACAAAGCGCCUCAGACCCAUGGCCGCCGUGGACUCGGAGCCGACGGAGCAGCAAAGAGCGGGGGAGGGGAAAAGGAAAAAGCCUCGGUUUUAAAUUUCGAGAGGCCAUGGCGCCGAGAGAGGUCCUUCAGUUCCAGUUCCUCCACCACGAGUCGACGACCCUGAACAGGAUGAACCAACUCCGCGUGGAGGAACGUUUCUGCGAUGUGACCGUGGUGACAGGCCAGCUGCGGUUCGCGGGGCACCGCGUGGUGCUGGCCGCGUGCUCGCCGUUCCUGCGCGACCAGUUCCUGCUGCAGCCGUCGCCAGAGGUGCGCGUGGCGCUGAGCGAGGGCACCGAGAUGCUCUCCCGCCUGCUGCUCUCAUGCUACACGGGCUCGCUCGACGUGCCCUGCGGGGAGGUGCUCAGCUACCUGACGGUGGCCAGCUACCUGCAGAUGGACCACGUGGUGGAGGAGUGCAGGCGCGCACUCUCCACGUGCAUCGACCCCCGCAUCAAGCUCGAGGACGACAGGGUGACCGUUGGGCCUCACGCUCGGGCCCAGGAGGCGUCCGAGACAACCGACGACGAUGACGUUUACGUGGUCAUCGAGGUGGACGGCCCGGCGGCGGCGGCGGAACCUUCUCGAAGCCAACCCAGCGACCCCCGGCAGGAGGCCCACCCCGAGCUCUCCGAGGCUGCCGAGGAGGAGGACGGCUCUGUGCUGAUCGGUGGCAGGGGCUCCUCCUCCGAUGAGGACAGCUCAGCGGCCGAGGAGAGCGGGCCCCCCCUGGGCCGCCCCGCCUGCCCUCGGCCCAUUCACUGCAGCGUGUGUGCGCAGGCCUUCCAGCACCCGGAGCAUCUGGUGGCCCACAUGAAGGCCCACAAGCUCUUCAUGUGCCCCAGAUGCGGCAAGGUGUUCCACCAGCGGGUCAACCUGGCCCGCCACAUCCACGUGCACACCGGCAUCAAGCCCUACCUCUGCACCGUCUGCGGCCGCACCUUCACCCAGAACCGAUCGCUCAAGGACCACAUGAACCUGCACAGCGGAGCCAGGCCUCACUGUUGCCACUACUGCCACAUGAGCUUCGCCCACAAGCCCGCCCUCCGCCGGCAUCUCAAAGAGCAGCACAGCAAAACUACAGCUGACAACUGUAGGUUGGCCCUACUCGGCACGGCCAGCACCUACGCGGAGCCAGUGUAGAGGGACCCUUAAUUCUGUACAGACCUGUCAGGUCCUUGCUGUGCACAGAUCCAUAAGGGUCUCCCUUGCUCUGUGCAGUCCCAUCAGAAUCUGCUUCACUCUGCACAGUCUCAUCAUGGUCUCCCUCGUUCUGCACAAUCCCAUCAGGGUAUCCCUCACUCUGCACAGUCUCAUCAGGGUCUCCUUCGCUCUGCAUAGUCCCAUCGGGACCUCCCUUGCUCUGCGCAGUCCCAUCGAUAUCUCCCUCACUGUUUACUGCUGUUGAGAUCUCCCUUGCUCAUGCUGUCAGGUUCUCUCUCACUGGGUCUGGUGUCAAGGGCUCUCUCUGCAGAUUCCCAUUGGUUUCGCACUUGCUCUGUGGUUUCCAUUGGUUUCUCUCUCACUGUGUGGUUCCCAUUGGACUAUCCCUCACUUUGUGUCAUGGCCUUCAUCACUGUGCAGGCUCCUUUAAUCUGUGGUCACCCAUUGGGGCCUCCCUCACUCUGUGGUCUCCUAUUGGGGCUUCUGUCACUCUGAAUCUGGUGUUAGAACAUAGAACAUUACAGCGCAGUACAGGCCCUUUGGCCCUCGAUGUUGCGCCGAUCCAAGCCCACCUAACCUAUACUAACCCCACUAUCCUCCAUAUACCUAUCCAAUGCCCGCUUAAAUGCCCAUAAAGAGGGAGAGGGAGAGUCCACCACUGUUGGGCUGUCCCUCACUGUAGGGGCUACUCUCAAGUUGUUCUCAUGCGUAGAAAGCAGAAGACCAGAGAAAAGCUUUCCUUUCUACCUCCUUCCACAAUCUUAGAAUAUGCCAAAGAGCUUUAUAGCCAAUGUUGAAAUGUGGAAAAGCAGCAGACAAUUCUGUGCAUCACAUGAGAAUGAAUGGACCAUCUGUGUCUCAUAAUGGGAUGUUUACUCACGCUUAUAUAUUUUUGCCCAGGACACUGAGGAUAGGUCCCCUGCUCUUUAUCCUAACGGUCCAACAGAGUGGAAUGAUGUGGUUUUGGCUUAACACCUCACGCAAAAGUUGGCAUGAGCUCCUACAAUGAUUGUCCUUAAAUGUAGAAUAGUGUUUCAAAGUUUAGAAGUUCUUCUUAAGAUGCCUGUUACAGUAGGAGCUACUUAUGGGUGUGAAUUUAAUCCGUAUAUCUGUAUAUUAAUUAACAAUUGAUUGUUGAAUUGGUACUUUGUUAAAUUACAUUUUUUUAAUUGUUGUAAUCCUGGAUGAGUAUUUAUGUCUUCCAAAUUUGGGCUGUUUCCUUUUAGCACAGUUCAAUACUUUUAAUACAGAUUCCCUCCAUUUUGUUUUUCCCAAUGUCCACAGGUUUUUCAUGUUUUGCUCUUGGCUACUAAUCCAAAGAGCUUGCAUUCCAAUUCAAGUGUGAUAUUUUCAGAAUUUAACCUCCUGGUGUUUUAAUUGUUUUAUCAUUAAAAUUGAAUGGGAAUUGCCAUCUGAAACCCACCCAGUUCGCUUAUGUCUCCUCAGGGAAGAAUUAUAGAAUCAUGGAAUGUUUACAACGCAGGAGCUCAUUCAACCUAUCAUGUAUGUAACAGCUUAAGGGAUUCGCCUUCUGCCACUCUCCCUGCAACCCUGUAUAUUUUAUUUCCUUUUUCAGAUUAUAAUCCAAUUGCUCUUU